AUGUUGCAACGCAGAAACAAAUGGACAAGUUUCCAAGCUAAUAUUAAAAUUAAUGACAUUGUUUUGAUAAAAGAGGAUAAUACCUCUUCCUUUACAAUGACCAUUAGGUCGGGUAACAGAAUGCAGAGUAGCUCAGGAUGGAAAGUAGACAAAAUAAACAAAACCAGAAAUGGAGACUUGUUGGUAACUAUUUCUAAGAAAAGUGCGGACAAAGGUCAAGGACUACAACAGAUUAUUGCAGGUGUGUUAAAGGAUGAGGCCGAAGUUAUUUAUAAGGGGCACCAAGAAACUAUAGAAAUAAGAGAUAUUGAUGAUGAAACCUCAAAAAUUGAUAUCCAGAUAGCACUACAAAAAGCAACCGGAGGAGCCUGCAACACAUCAGCAGAAGCAAUUAGGAUUCGUAAGGCAUAUAGAGGUACCCAGAUUGCUACUGUAGCUCUUGCAGCGGCAGUUGUACACGAUCUGCUCAAAGCAAGUAGCAAAAUACGAAUUGGAUGGGUCAACUGUCGAAUUAAAAUCAUCAAGAAACCAAUUCGAUGCUUUAAAUGCUGGCUAUUCGGACAUUAUGAAUCACAGUGCAAGAGCGAAGUGAAUCGGACCAAUCUAUGCAUUAGAUGUGGACAAGAAAGUCACAAAAUAGCCAACUGUGUAAAUGCAGCAAAAUGUGCACUGUGCGCUGAAAACGGAAACUCUGAAAAUGUAGCACAUCAUGCCGGCACUGACAGAUGUCCUGUAUAUAGGGAGGCCAUAGAGAAAAUAAUAAACGCAAAAGCAUGA